CACAUAAACUGCCUCCCCUCCUUUCUACUUGCACAGUGGAUGGCAUGACAACAUUUGGUUAUCGUUUCGUGGCCAAAAAUGUCCCAUGCCAAGUGUGAUACAAACAUUGUUUUCCCCCUUCACUCAAAACCAGCUCCUUUCUUUCCCCUCCGCCCUCCUCCUUUCUCCUCAUUUGAAGAUAAAAAACAUGGACGCCAACGUCGUCUCCAAGCUCGUACUUCCUUUGGUCCGUACAGUUACUUCAAGCUCUUACUCUUCGCCUACCGCUCCAAAGCUCUUCUCCUCAUUCUCCUGCAGUUCUGGAAGCCAAAUAAGACAAGCGGGCCUUCGCAAUUCUUCUUCUUCUCGUACGGUUCAUACGGUUCCCAAGUUUUCAAUUGCUUCGAGUGCUGGUAUUCAGGAAAUUAACGAGACCUAGUUCCGGGAUUCUGUUCUUAACUCGGACCGUCCGGUUCUCAUCGAGUUCGUUGCCAGUUGGUGUGGCCCUUGCCGCUUAAUCUCGCCUGCAAUGGAAUGGCUCGCUCAGGAAUACAAAGACAGGUUAACUGUUGUUAAGAUAGAUCAUGAUGCAAACCCAAAACUGAUUGAAGAAUAUAAAGUUUAUGGGUUGUCGGCUUUGAUUCUCUUCACAACCAGAAAGGAAGUUCCAGAAAGUCAGAGAGAAGGCGCAAUUACCAAAGCGAAGCUUCAAGAGUAUGUGGAUGCGUUUUUGGAGUCAAUGCCAGUUGCAUAGUUCCACUUCCAUUUGAAUUUGCAGAGAUGCCAAAUUCCAUCAGGUUCAAUCUGUGUGUAAUAUGAGUAAUCCUUUCCUCAUUUUCUUUUUAGUUUCUUAAGUGUAUUGUACUUGCAUUCGAUUGUAUAAAGUGAGCUGUAAAUUUCGAAAAUUAUUCUCUGUUAGCUU